AUGGGUUUCUUCGACAACGCUUGGAAGGCUUUGGAUGGCGUUGGACAGGAAGCUGGAAAGCACGCUGGUUUCGCGGCACAGCACACCAGGCAAUGGAUUAAGGAGCACCCCGGAGAGACCACGGGUAUGAUCGCCUGUGUCCUUGCCGCUCCUCUCGGUAUCGGCGCUGCGCACAGCGUUCUACGUAUGGUGGGUUUCACGGCUAAGGGAGUUGCUGUGGGAUCUGCCGCUGCUGCAGCUCAAUCUAGUGUCGGAAACGUUGCAGCUGGAAGCACUUUUGCGGUUCUCCAAAGCGCAGCGGCAGGCGGCGGUGCCGCUAUACUUGUCAAUGGCGUCGCCGCGGGCACUAUCACCGCAGUUGCUAUCGCUGCUACGGCUCCUGGUCUCAUCAAAGCUAUGCAGGAAGGCAAGAAGGAAGUCACUGUCGAUGGUAUCAUGUACGAGAUCGAGGACAAAGGAGAGGUAGAGGCCUCGCCACCAGAUCAGUAGAGUGGCUGUGGACUGCGAUGGUGAUGGGAGAGUGUGAAGAUGCCGGGGCACUACAUGUCGCUUGAGACUGACACCGCAUGUUUCCGUCUCAUGAAGGACGACGUAAAGAUACGAAAAAGCUUAG